AUGGAGCUGAAGGGAAGGCAAGGGGUUGGCAUGUUAACCUUAGGUGAAUUUGACGUGAAAAACACCCAAACUGAAGAGAGUGUCCCACGCAAUGGAAAGACAAUGGGAGAGAUUGUCAUGAAAGGAGGCAGUAUAAUGAAAGGGUAUCUAAAGAACCCUAAAGCUACAUUGGAUGCGUUUAAACACGGAUGGUUUAACACAGGAGACAUAAGUGUGAUUCAUCCCGAUGGCCACAUGGAGAUCAAAGAUCGCUCCAAAGACAUCAUCAUAUCGGGAGGCGAAAACAUUUGUAGUGUUGAAGUCGAGAAUGUUCUUUACAAACACCUGGAAGUGCUGGAGGCCGCGGUCGUGGCCAUGCCCCACCAUUUUUGGGGCGAAACUCCUUGUGCAUUCGUUGUUCUUAAAAAGGGAUAUCGGGGAGGUAAAGUGGUGACUAAAGAAAGAGGUUUGAUUGAGUAUUGCCGUGAGAAUUUGCCACAUUUUAUGUGUCCUAGGAAGGUUGUGUUCUUGGAAAAUCUGCCAAAGAACGGCAAUGGAAAGAGCCUUAAGCGUAAGCUAAGGGACAUCGCUGAAGGUUUUGUUGUUGAUGAUGAGGAUAGUGUUAGUUCCGAGAAAGUUGAUUGCCUAUAUUUCUCCGUUUUGAGUUUAUGCAUCUACCGGUCUCUCUAA